AUGGAUUCAUCGAGUUUUUUGCAUCUUGGCGAUAUUGUGUCGCUGUACGCAGAAGGCAGUGUUUGCGGCUUUCUAAGUACGCUCGGGUUUAGUGGAAAUUUUCCACUAAUUAGACCAAUUAAAUAUGUUAUUGCCAAUUUACGUUAUUUUAUUUCUAACAACAUUGAUUAUAGUUUGGUUGAAGAUGAUCGAACCGUUAAACAAUUCUGGAAUGCGGCCAAACAAAAUGCACAAAAUAUCAACAAUGGUGGAAUGGGUGGAUCGAGCAGUGGAAAAAAUACCGUUACAAGCCUUUUGAAACGAUUACAUCAUGCGGCAAAAAUUGAAAAGAAACAAAUUGAAAGCGAAAAUAAGAAAUUACUUGGUAAUGUCGUCCCUUACGGUAGUAUCGUACAAUUACUUCAUUUAAGAUCAAAUAAAUAUCUCACCGUCAACAAACGGUUGCCAUCGUAUUUGGAGAAGAAUGCGAUGCGCGUGUAUUUAGAUGCAAAUGGUUAUGAAGGGUCAUGGUUUUAUAAAUUGCGUUCAACCGGUGAUAAUGUCGUGAUCGGUGAUAAGGUUAUUUUGAAUCCAGUACAAAAACAUGUUGCCGCCAAUUUUGAAAUGCCCGAUAAUCCUGGUUGCAACGAGGUUAAUGUGCUGAAUUCGUCAACAUUAUGGAAAAUUACACUAUUUUUAAAGCACACUGACAACCAAGACGAUGUUUUGAAAGGGGGCGAUGUUGUGCGUCUGUUUCAUGUCGAACAAGAGAAAUUCUUGACAAUGAACGCCUAUAAGAAACAACAACACGUGUUUCUCCGCACGACUGGCAGAACGAGUGCAACAGCGGCAACAAGUAGCAAAGCAUUGUGGGAAAUUAACAUUGUUCAACAUGAUCCAUGCAGAGGCGGUGCUGGUCAUUGGAAUUCCUUGUAUCGCUUCAAGCAUUUGGCUACUGGAUUUUGUUUAGCCGCUGAACUGGAUGCAUCCGCACUAGUAAAUCCAAAUACAUCGAUUGCAAAUUCAUCGGUAAUAAAUAGCGCAUUGAAUACACCGUUGGCACAAAGACUUGGUCUUGGAAUUGAUAUGGAGUCGAGCCUACCAUCGCAUCAAGGUUCAUCGCCAACAUACCGCGGUUCCGGUAUCAUAUUCAAGUGA